AUGGUCCUGGUUUGUGCCUCGUCCACACCACCAUCCAGCGGGAUCUCCAGAUCCUUGCCCGCAAAGCAUGGCACCGAUCUCCCUGUGCCUGACAUGUUGGGGCAAAUGUCAGGAACUGUGCAGGCCAGUUCAGGAUUGACAGUGUUUGUCCAGGUGAACAUCGUGCUUUUAAAGAUACAACAGGUGCCAGCUCUGCACCUCUCUUCUCUCUCUAGGUGUCAGUCAGGAUUUGUCGGUGAAUACUGCCAGCAUUCAGACCCCUGCCAGAUUUCAACCUGCCUCCAUGGAGGGACAUGCCGCACUUCAAUCACAGAAGGGAAAUUACAGAGAUUGUGUCACUGUGUUUUGGGAUAUACGGGUGAGCGGUGUGAGACAACUGUCACCAAUGUCUGUCUGAACAAUCCUUGCCAAAAUAAAGGAACCUGCCGUCUCAUUACCCUCGAGAAGUAUGAAUGUGAUUGCCAGCAAGGAUGGAUAGGCUCACGACGCUUCCGAUUGCCACCCUUCUUCAGGACAAAGCCCUCUGGGAACCACAGCGGGCCCAGCUUGCGCUUGCGUUUAGCUGCUACAACACCCAUUAUCAGGAUAAGGAUGAUGAUCCCUACAGCAACCAUCAAAAGACAGCUACCCAGAGAGAAAGAGCCCUGGGCCACGGUGCAGAAUUUGAACGUACUUGCAGGUUUUCAGGGUGGACUGGCAGUCGAAGUUGUCGAACAGACACUCUGGAGUGUUGCAGGCCUCAUCGCACUGAUUGUUGUUGAAGUAGUUCCAGCAUUGCAGGCUCUCGGUGCAGUUCUCCCAAGGUUUCAAGACUCGGUCCCUGGCCUUCUCCUUGCACAGUGGCAGCUGACAGCUCUUCCUCGCCAGCUCAGUGCAUCUCAGCCCCCGGUACUGCAGGGGGCACUGGCAGCUGAAGAACGGCGGCGUGGACUUUGGGAGGCAGGUUCCGCCGUUGUGGCACAGCCUGGCAGAGCAGGUUUUGCGGGGAAUAUGUGCCAGAUUGACAUUGAUGAGUGUGCCAGCACACCAUGCCAACAUGGAGCCAAGUGUAUUGAUCGUCCAAAUGCUUUUGAAUGUGAUUGCAGUGAAGGCUUUACGGGAACUACCUGCGAGAUUAAUGAGAAUGAUUGCGACCCGGAUCCCUGCCACUAUGGAACGUGUGAGGAUGGAAUUGCCGGGUACACCUGCAACUGUAAAGCUGGUUACAAGGGUCCAAUCUGUAGUGAGCAGAUCGAUGAAUGCCAGAGUAGUCCAUGCCAGAAUGGUGGCACCUGCCAAGAUCGUGUGAACAACUACAUAUGCCGCUGUCCUGUUGGCACCUCCGGUGUCAAUUGUGAGAUUAACUAUGAUGACUGCGCGAGCAAUCCAUGUAGUUACGGAAGCUGUCAAGAUGGUAUUAAUCGGUAUGACUGUGUAUGCAGCCCUGGCUAUACAGGUCCCAUGUGCAACAUUGACAUCAAUGAAUGUGCAUCCAACCCAUGUCACAAUGGAGGCACGUGUUUCGAUCAUAUGAAUGGCUUCACAUGCCGCUGCCCUGAGGGCUUCCAUGAUCCUCACUGUAUAUCGGAAGUCGAUGAGUGCAAGAGUAGCCCUUGUAUUCAUGGCAAAUGUGUGGACGAUGUCAACAGUUACCAGUGCGUUUGUGAAGCUGGUUGGGCAGGAAUCAACUGUGAUGUGGACAAAGACGAGUGCGAGUCAAAUCCUUGUCAGGAGGGAGGAACCUGUGAGAACCUAAUCAAUGGCUAUAAGUGCACAUGUGUGAAGGGAUUCAAAGGCUCCGACUGUCAAAUCAACAUAAAUGAAUGUGCGUCAAACCCCUGCCUGAACAAAGGAGUCUGCGUUGAUGGAGUGAAUUCCUACCACUGUGUCUGCUCUCUCCCGUACACUGGUAAGGAUUGUGAGUUUGUUCUUGCUCCGUGUUCCUCCCAGCCAUGUGAAAAUGGAGGUAUAUGCAACGAAACUGAGGACUAUGAGAAUUACAUGUGUACCUGCACGAUGAAUUGGCAAGGUCAGAGAUGCUCAGUGGACGUUGAUGAGUGUGUUACUGAUCCAUGUAAAAAUGGUGCUUCUUGUCAAAAUACCCCUGGGAGCUACGAGUGCCAGUGCCUCCCUGGCUACAUUGGAGCGAACUGCGAGACAAAUGUCGACGAUUGCAGCCCUAAUCCAUGCCAGAACGGAGGUUCCUGCAUCGAUGGUGUCAACACAUUCUCGUGCAGCUGCCUGUCGGGGUUCACCGGUAGUAAAUGCCAGCAGGAGAUAAAUGAGUGCUUGAGCAACCCGUGUCUGAAUGGCGGGAACUGCUCUGAUUAUGUCAACAGCUAUGUCUGCAAGUGCCCUGAAGGCUUCAAUGGGAUUCACUGUGAAAACAACAUGCCGGACUGCACAGAAAGCUCCUGCUUCAAUGACGGAACCUGUAUCGACGGCAUCAAUUCGUAUACCUGCCGCUGCCAACCUGGCUUCACUGGUUCCAACUGCCAGUUCGAUAUCGAUGAGUGUGACUCCAAACCGUGUCAGAAUGGGGCCACCUGUGUCGACGGGCUGGGGGGUUACCGGUGCACCUGCCCUUCUGGCUACUCCGGUAACAACUGCCAGCAAGGUCCUGCUUUUGUGGCCGUGACGCCAUCCGUGUUCGAUGUGCCUUCUGUGUUCAAUGAAUCUGGCAUUGAAAAUCUGUCAAAGCCAGUGCCGGAUGACAGCAUGAUUGAUGACAAACAAAAUGAGCAAUGGAUGGAGGGUGGAGGGCCCGAAGCCAAGAAACCAAAGACUGAAGAUCAAGCCCUGCUCCCGGAGAUUGAAGACCAGGUUGACCGUCGACCAUGGACACAGCAGCAUCUGGUGGCGGCAGAUAUCCGUUUAACGCCAUCCCUGGCCUUAACCCCACCUCAAGCGGAGCAGGAUGCUGAAAGCAUGGACGUCAAUGUUAGAGGUCCAGAUGGUUUUACACCACUUAUGUUGGCGUCACUACGAGGUGGCGGGCUGGACACUGGAAUUGAGGAGGAGGAAGACACCGAGGACACAUCAGCCAAUGUCAUCACUGACCUCAUAUACCAGGGUGCCAGCCUCCAUUCCCAGACGGACCGGACCGGGGAGACGUCUCUCCACUUGGCUGCACGCUACGCUCGGGCAGAUGCGGCCAAGCGUCUCCUUGAUGCAGGCGCCGAUGCCAACGCCCAGGAUAAUAUGGGUAGAUCACCUCUUCACGCAGCUGUGGCAGCCGAUGCACAAGGGGUGUUCCAGAUUCUGAUCAGAAACCGGGCCACUGAUUUGGAUUGCCGAAUGAAUGAUGGAACCACACCACUGAUCCUGGCUGCCCGCCUUGCUGUAGAAGGGAUGGUCGUUGAGCUGAUUAACUGCCAUGCAGAUGUUAACGCUGUGGAUGAUCAUGGUAAAUCAGCACUUCACUGGUCAGCAGCUGUUAACAAUGUGGAUGCAACCCAGGCCCUCCUGAAGAAUGGAGCCAACAAAGACAUGCAGGACAACAAGGAGGAGACACCCUUGUUCCUUGCUGCGAGGGAGGGCAGUUUUGAAGCUGCCAAAAUCCUACUGGACCAUUUCUCUAAUCGUGACAUUACUGACCACAUGGACAGACUCCCUCGUGACAUCGCGCAGGAGCGAAUGCACCAUGACAUUGUGCAACUCCUGGAUGAGUACAACCUUGUCCGGAGCCCACAGGGCCCUGCUGGACCCAUGAUGGGACCCACUGUGUCUCCAGUGACCUGCUCGACUGGUAGUUCUUUUAUGAACCUCAAGAUGAAUCCCAUGGGCAAGAAAGCAAGACGGCCAAGCACCAAGAGCCUCGCUGCAGGCAAUGCUAAAGACUCUAAAGAUGCCAAAACCAGGAGGCGGAAAAGAUCCAUCGGCAAUGAUAAAGGGGCCAUUGUGGAAGGUUCACUGACUCUGUCCCCAGUUGAGUCGCUGGAAUCCCCACAUACCUACUUAGCCACCACAUCUCCACCAGUACUCACAUCAUCAGGGGUUUUGCACCAAUCUCCACCAGCAUCUCUCCACCCAUCCACUCCAGUGCAGAGCCAGCUGGCCAUGUCGUUCUCCAACCUAACUGAAAUGAAAGGUAUGAACAUGGACUCCAACACAGUGUUGAGUCAGGUCCUCCCCUCCAUGUCUCAUCCUUCCAUGGCUGGGCAAAGCAGCAGCCUGGGGUUGCCCUUAGGAAGGGUUGAACAUGUAAACAUGCAAUCAGAGUGGAUGAACAGGGUGGGAAUCACAACUUCCCAGUAUAACCCCAUGCUCGGCGUCAUGCAACAUGUCUCUGGCUCCUACCCAAAUAUGCAACAGCAGAACGCAGUGCUUCAGGCUAACCUGCCUCAAGUACACAUGACCAUGCUCAGGGAGCAGUUACCACAGAUACUCACCUACCAGCCCAUGAACAAUGCUGCAUCACAGUCGGUCAUGCAGCAACAGCAGCAGCAAAGUGCUCAAGUAACACAGCAGCAGGGGCAACCUUACUGUGGAUCAAUGACGCCAGGGCCCGUUGGUAACAUGCAUCAGAUGCCAGAGAUCGUCCAGCUGCCAAAUGGACAACUGAACAGCUCCAUGCUGUCCGCUAGCCAAGAGGGUCAGGUACCACAGACCACCCUACCGCCCUACCACAAGCUACCAAGCUCAGUGCAGAUUGAUAAGUACCCUACGCCGCCGUCUCAGCACAGUUAUGUUUCAGCAACAGACAAUACCCCGAACCACAAUGUUCACCUCCAGAGCGAGCACCCUUACCUAACACCUUCUCCCGAAUCCCCUGAUCAGUGGUCCAGCUCGUCACCGCAUUCCACAUCCGACUGGUCGGACAUCACACCCAGCCCUGCUCCGAUCGGACAGCGGCCACAGGUUUCACACAUUCCAGAGCAGCAGAGGAACAACAUGCAGGUGUUUGCCUGAGCAUUGGUGAUGGGAAACUCUUUGUGUGGCUGUGCGCAAUGAAGGAAGAAGAUUCCUUGUACUUCAGGUUUUGAAAUUUCCCCUUCCUUUGGUUGGGUAAGAAGGAGGAAUGGAACUGAGAAUGAAGUACUGAACAAGUCUUAACGAAAAUCAGCUCUCUCAGAAUUUAGGGACUCAAAGACACGACUUCAGUGUGGUUUGAAGACGUUUUUAUUUAUUUUAAUCACUGAUGUCACUGCCUGUUUCUAUGUUUGUGUGACACUUCUUUAAAACUUCUUUUUAGCUCUGAACUUAAGCAAGGUUUUUUUUUUAAACUUGCCAUAUUGCUAUCAGUGUCACUCUGUGUUCUGUGCAGUUCCCUCAUCAAACUGAGAACUGUUCCAUUUGUAGAUGCAAACAGAUUUGAAGCUGAGGGAUGGUUGUGAAUUGUGACAGCAGCAUUACACCAAGUCCUGCUGAUGUGGCUCUUAAAUAAUCAAAAUGUAUCAUGUAAUAUUGAAGGAAAAUGCACCCUUGCCACUUGGAGGUGGGGGAGGUUGUGAGGACGAGAUUGUGGGAGUCGAGGACAGACACUGAAGAUCAGUGGGUCCAUACUUCCAACUCGUCAUCCAUUGCCGAUUGCUUUUACAAGCUGACCUCUUAUUUCAAAUUGCCUUUAUAGUCUUCCAUGGUACUAAGAUUCCUAAUGUAGUGCCUUCAUGUAAGUUUGUACUGAAUACCUGUCUUGUCAGAAGCACCAUGGCAGAGGGAUAUGGCAGGUGAAAUAGCUCAGAAUUCUUCCAUUUUUGUGCUGAUUUUGCUUUUAAAUGUCAGUUUUUAAUCAUUCCUGCAUCGCUCGAGUCUCCUAAAGUAUUAACAUUUCUGGUGAACCACUUAUUUGUAUUCGUCAAAACAUGCUUGUCUUUUUUUUUUCUUUAUUUAAAGGAUAAGUGAAUUUGUAACUCGGUGUAAUUGCUCGGUUAAAGUGUUCUUACCAAUUAGUUCUUUUGCACCCAUGAAUCAUUCAUCGGCAGGCCUUCUGUAUGCAGCAAUUGAUGAGCAGAACCUUGGCCAUCAAGCCUCUAUUGGAUAAAUCAUUGGCAAGCUUACUUUAGCAUGUGGAACGGAGGAGAAGGUUGUUCCAUUUUUGAACAUCACUGCUUUCAAACCCCAUCAUAUUGUUUGGCACUUAGUGGGAGUUUCAGUGCAGCUGUGGAACACUCCGUCUCUCACGGGUCAUGGGGCCCGAUGGAGAAUGGAUAACUCAAGACGAUUGUUUCAUUUUGUGCGAACGUGAUGCAGCUUGGCUGGCUGGGUUCUCGUUUUUCCAUAUUAGGUCUGAAUAUAUUUGCCUCAAAAUAUUCCCGAGAUUACAAUUCGAUUGAAUUCACCGCAUUGGAAGUUUGAAGUGAAGUGAUAAAUGAAGAAGUUUAGUCGUGAGAUUCACUAUGUUAUGAUGAGGGCAGACCUCACAUGGUCUGCCCUCUGAACAGCAGUAAUUACUGAAUCCAAACCCGUUCAGAAACCAUUUCCUUUGCUUGGCCACCCACCAACAGAGAGGAUUUUGCCUCUGUCCUUAAAUUGUGAGAUUGGCUGGAGGAUGGGUUCUGGGUAUGGCAUCCUCAUCCAACUGCUGAUGUCUGUUCGGAAAAGGGAUGCAGUUGGUAUUUGCCACAGGAAACGUUACAUUUUCCAUUUUGUCCAAAGAUGCCAAACUUCUGGUCAUAGCUGGGAUUUGGGGAGGUUGGGGCUUGAGCACAGUUCCCAGCAGGCUAGAAACCUAAAAAUGCUUUCUCUUCCACCACCUCUUCCCAGGGAGCCACUCUUGAGUGGGCUUGACUGAACUUGUGCAUCCCCCAUCACACAUGACUCCUGUUUUACUUUUUAAGCUUGUUUCAUGCCAAUUUAUAGAUCGUAACUCAUCUUUUUGGACCUUUCUCAAAGUUAUACUUUAUACUACCAAUGAAGAAACACAGUGUUAAAAUUAUAAAAUGGAAUCCUGCAUUGAGAAUAAAACCCUGGGGUUGUAACAUUUCACUGCACUUACGAAACACAGGAAAAAUUAUUCAGUCUGUAAAGUUUACAGAUACUUAGAUUGUUGUGCUAAUGUUUGAGAGAUUUGGUGUAGAAAUUAGUUUUCUACGGUUGUUCUACCACCACAGGUGAUAUUUGGAGUUGGUGCUUUUAUUUUUUAAGUUUAAUGUUUAAAAUUUCUUUCAUCUUCUUUGCCCAGUUGUUGCAUACUAUUGUGAAUUUCUGAGAGAGAUGUAGUUGUGGUUUUGAACUUUCUGUGAAAUGUUUGUGGAAGAAAACAGUUGAAGGACCAAACAUGUAAAAGGUACUUUGAAAGGAAACAGGGGAUUUCAGGCAAGUCUGUUUUAGCCGCAUGUAAUGUUGAGUUACUUGUGAAAUUACAGUUGGGUCAAAGGGCAUAGCCCAGUCAGUAACCGAAUGUUAGAGGUAAGCCUUCACCCGGGGGACUCCUCUACCAAAUCAGCCUACUCAAAACCAAGCAAUGAAGGAACUUGUUUGAGUACUAUGAUCUAAAGAAAGUUAAUUUUCCAAUUCUAUUCAAUACAAUAUUCCAUUCAAUAACAUGUUCCAUAUUUGUAAAAUAACAUCCAUAAAUGUUAUGAUAUACAAGGCACCCAUUAAAUUCCUGUUUUAUCAAUCUAUUUUAAUAGAUGUGUGCAGGAAUAAGAAUAUGAGUGGAAUUGUAGCACUGUUGACAUUUCCAUUUUUAAGCUUUUUUUGGGCUGAUUAGGAGUUCUCUUAAAUGUUAAGUUCGCUUUCUUUCUCCAUCCUACCCUUGACCCCAAAGUGCAAUCAUUAUGAAUACCAGUGCAUUGACUAUUUUGAUGCAACUCAGCUAAAAUUCAUCAAGUUUCUGUGAGUCAAAUGACUGUUGAAUCAUCUCCAUUCCUGUUCGUGAAACUAAAUUGGCCACCCUACAUGGCCUGCAAGGAGAGCUGGUGUUGCGAGUUUUACAGUCGUGACAUUGGUUAAAUCCUGGUUACUCCUAAGGUUGGGGUUUAUGGAUAAUGUUAGGGGAGGGCCACGUUAGUCUAUUACAAGUUGGAUUUUUUCUUGGCCUGAUGAAAUUUUCCUUAAACAAUCUGUACCAUCUGAAAUCUGCAACUUCUCUCACUUACCAUCCAUUGAAAACAAAACAAAGUCCAGAUAUGAUAAUUACGUUUUUGAUAGCAACUAUUUUAAAAAAUACAAUUCAUGCUAGAUUCCCGGUCUUCAAUCUAUGGAAUUGUGAAAAAUAUUGCACAAACCUGACUUGCACUUGAUUUUAAUGUUACAGUACAGCCCAAGUUAAUUUAGAUAAAUACCUCUGUAAAGUCCGUUUAAUAAUCAGUUUUGCUGUUCAUCCCUCUGACAGUAUUCUAGGACAAAUUUUUAACCCUCAGUAAUAUGUUGCACUUUAAACCCAUGAGCUGAACACUCUGAUCUCUUUCCUCUGAACUACCUGUAGAAAUCCAAUGAGAAACAAAAAUCAAUCCAAUGUUUUUAAACCCUCCAUUACUUAAAAAUGGCAGCAUCAAUUGGAUGUGUCAGUACAGUUUUGACUUCUCAAUAAUGCAUUCUCUCUCAUAUUCCUUCAAUAUUAGACCAAAAAAACCAUGAAGCCUCCACGUGAAUGUAAAUACAAAGUGCAUGCAAAAGAACCAGUGUUUCUCCUGAUCAAUUCCUUCAUCUUUGUCUGGUUUAAAACGUCCACAGUCACAGGCGACACUUUAUGUUUAAUGUACCUUGUGAUGUAUCUGUUCGCCCUCAUGCCUAAGUGUUCCAACCUCCAGCACUAAUAUCCACCCCAACUUGAUGAGUGCAAAAUACAACUCAAAAAAAUAACACUUGAGUUUACUUCUAAUUUACUCUUAGCUUCUUCCCACAACAAGCUGUAAAUGGAGAUGUCUGGGUGAUGAAGGAGGGAUAUACUUCAUACAGACAAUCACGUAACAAUAACUUGUGCGUGUAACGCACGCUCAACUACAGAGAAACUACAGAAUCAAUGGGUUCAUGUCUUGUGGAGCCAAUUAAUUGAUGUAAAUAAGCUAACUUUGUAUGAGAAAUUGUAUCUUUGACAAACUUGUACUUUCUCACUGUCUUUUAAAUGUAUAUGUACUAAAAAAUGCUUAUUCAUAUUAGGUGGAGCUAUUGAACUAGUGAAUGGAAUACUAUUUUUUAAUUUUUACACUUAAGAACUUUUCAUAAGAAGAGUUGUUUCAAAUGAAUUUCUACAGAAAAGUAUUUUUGAAGAUUGUGAUUUAUACAUGAAGUAUG